GUUCUAUGGAGCCUUUCGAUCUUCCAACCCUAGAUGGACUUCACCUCGUACCUGGCCUCUGCGAUGGCGUCUUUCUUGGCGUCGAAGCCCUGGCGGGCUUCCCCUCUCUGCAAACCCUCCCACACAGUGCACAGAUAGGCUUGCAUGGUGUCAAUGUACAUGGUACAGAGAGCAGAAACAAGUCGAUGAUAGUGCAUAUCCAAAAUCCCCACGAAAACAGGAAAACGGAAGACGUCGCAAGGGAAAUGGUUGGAAAGCGAACUUUUGUGGGAUGGCCGUUCUUGCAGGAGGGCUUCGUCGUCGCCGUGUCGGACUCGUUAUUCAAGUAUGAACAGAUGAUUGUCGUACCAGGAUCUGCACCAAAGAUAAUAUCUAAUCCUCACGCGCAAUAUGCUUUGAGCCAUUGGAAGGCAAAAGCUGAAAGGAUUGAACACAUGUAUUCGAAGAAAUGUGGCGUUAUCACAGGAGAUAUCGACGUGCUUGUGCAUGUGCGGCCACUUAAAGAUGGUGCUCUCGGAAGUCGCCUCUGA